AUGGCUGCACAUACAUUGGCCCGCGUCAAGCACACAAAGACAACUCCUGGCCCUGCUGACCCUCCUGGCUCUCCUAACCCUCCUCAUUCCCCAUCCAAGGCGGAUAAUCCCGCCCCAGCCGCAAGCAAAGCUAGGAAGUCUGCCCAGAAAGGCACUUCUAAAGUCUCAAAGGCAACUAAGACCUUUGACAAGGACCACAUCGCCCUGUUCGAGAUCGACCACGCCGCUGUUGCCGUCGCCACCGGAAGUACCAAGGACGCCAUGAGAAUGCGCCUUGGCAGACUGAUGAAGGAAAUUUGA